GGAGAGAAGGUUGAGGUCGCGAGGGAUGAGGCUGAGGACAGAAAGACCGCAUCACGUGAUGCAUGUCAUUAGUCACUCUUGCCUGAAAGGUUGCUAUUUCAAGUUUAGCGUCCGAUUGCCACUGAAAGCUUCAUUAUUCUUUAUCUUGCUUUAUCUUGCUUUAUGUGUUGUUAUUUCAAACAGUCUAAAGGGUUUCUCUUCUUGAAUGGCGAAGGUAAAGGGGAAAAAAGGCUCGUCUGGGGGGGCUCAGAGUCACAUUCGUGCACGAUUAGACUAUCUCCAUAAUGCCGCUAUCUAUUUACAAUCUGCUAGUGUUGCCUCCAAGCAACCUAGUAGCCAGCUCGUUCAAAAUGCUACCAGUCAAGAUGGCGAGCCAGUGUCAGCUUCAGCACGUAUUGUGCCGCAUUUUUUGAGCCAUGAUACUACUUCUGGGCGAAAGUCAACUGGCACGGACACCAACGCAAAUGCAGACCGUCUCCCGCAACUCUCCCGCGUAUUUAUAUCGCAGAUGCGUGGAAUAUCUCUAAAAACACAGUUGCGACUUCCAGUCGAGAAGAAAAGGUCAUUUUGCAAACGCUGCGAUACACUUCUGUCGCCAGGUGUCAGUUGCAUACAAGAAAUCAGAAACGAGAGUCGUCAUUCCAAAAAGCCAUGGGCCGACAUCCGGGUCAUCCGUUGUACUACCUGUGGAACGGAGAAGCGUUUUCCUCAAACAGAUAGGCGAACGAAGAAGCUUUCUGAGCGUCGAAAGCAAGGUGAACAGGAAAAGGAAGAAGCGCCAGUCCCAUGAUUUUGCUCUUUCUGUAUUUCUUUGUCAUAUCGCAACAACGUGGAGUACCACAUCAAAGUGUACCAAGAAGGAAUACCUUAGGGAGUAUGGUAUAUACAUCAAACCCUAUCGAUUCCCGGUAAUCAUCAUGUGUCCAAUGUCGAAUGGCGCCUUGAAAGGAAACCAGGCUGGACCUCAUGCAACCGUUCCAUUGAUUAAUACCUGUCCGGGUUCAGAAGCAACUAUCCAUUCGUUUUGAUCAGUUGCCACGGCAGGGCGCUAAGUGUAUGAGUCGUCCAAUAAAGCUAAAGGCGGGAUGUGAGAUACCGCGGGCUAUAGAAACUAAAGGGUGGGUUGUG